AUGAGGUGCGUUUUGUUGCUUUCGCUGGCCAUUGGCCUCGUGUGUCACGUGAGUGCUAGUAGAAUCCCUCGUCGGGUCUCGCAGAUCCAAGAGCAGGAAGUGUUGCAGUAUUUGGAGAACAUUGAGGCGGAAAUUUUGGCCCACCGCAACGCAGCCAGUGAGGCGAAUUGGGCGUACGAUUCCAACAUUACGGACGAAAAUUUGGAUGUUAAAAAUGAAGUCGCAACUGAAAAUGCCGCCUUCUUUAAGCAAAUUUCGGAAUACCUCGCUCAGUUCGACUAUGAAAGCUUUGAGGAUGAGAAUCUGAAGCGUCGUGUGAUGAAACUGGUUGGUUUGGGGUAUUCUGCGCUGCCGGAACAAAAGUUUACCAUCAUGCUGGAUGCGAUUAAUAACAUGAAAGAAAAUUAUGCUAAAAUCAAGGUGUGUGACUAUCACGAUAGUAGCAAAUGUGAUUUAGCGUUGGAACCGGAGCUGACGGAGAUCAUGGCCAAUAGCCGGGAUUCGGAGGAGCUGAAGUACUACUGGCAGCAAUGGUACGAUGCUGCUGGUGCACCAACGAGAGAAGAUUUCCAAACCUAUGUCGAUCUCAAUGGAGAAGCGGCCUUGCUUAACAAUUAUGAAUCCGGAGCUGAAUCUUGGCUGAGCGCUUACGAGGAUGAAACGUUUGAGCAACAAGUCGAUGCUGUGAUCGAGGAGAUGAGACCAUUCUAUGAACAAAUUCACGGAUAUGUCCGGUACAAGUUGCGCGAGUACUACGGUGAAGAUGUGGUGUCAGAAAAGGGUCCGAUUCCGAUGCAUUUGCUCGGCAACAUGUGGGCUCAGGGAUGGGGUAACAUUGCAGAUAUUACUAGCCCAUUCGGUGAUCGACAGUUGCUUGACGUAACGGAAGAGAUGGUGCGCCAAGGUUACAAUCCUGUCCAGAUGUUCGAGAUGGGGGAUGAGUUCUUCCAGUCGCUGAACAUGACGAAACUGCCCCAAACCUUCUGGGAAAAGAGCAUUCUCGAGAAGCCGGACGAUGGGCGGGAUCUCAUUUGCCAUGCCAGUGCCUGGGAUUUCUCAAAACCAGAUGAUGUGCGUAUCAAGCAGUGUACCCGUGUGACGAUGGAGCAGUUCUUCACGGUCCAUCACGAGCUGGGUCAUAUUCAGUAUUAUUUGCAAUAUCAGCACUUGCCCAGCGUUUACCGCUCCGGAGCUAAUCCUGGUUUCCAUGAGGCCGUCGGUGAUGUUCUCUCCUUGUCCGUUUCUACACCAAAACAUCUUGAAAAGAUUGGUCUUCUGAAGGACUUUGUGCUCGAUGAGGAAUCUAAGCUGAAUCAAUUUUACCGUUCGGCUUUGACAAAGCUAGCAUUUUUGCCUUUUGCGUACACCAUCGACAAGUACCGAUGGGGAAUCUUCCGUGGUGAAAUUAAGCCCGAAGAGUACAACUGCAAAUUCUGGGAGAUGCGCUCGAAAUACUCCGGUGUAGAACCUCCGGUAGCCCGUUCAGAAGCUGAUUUGGAUGCACCAGCGAAAUAUCACGUGUCAGCCGAUGUGGAGUAUCUGCGCUACUUUGUAUCGUACAUCAUUCAGUUCCAGUUCCACCGUGCUGCUUGCGAAAAGGCUGGAGAAUACGUGAAGGGAGAUCCGGAGAAGACAUUGAACGAUUGUGACAUCUAUCAGAGUGCUGAGGCGGGCAACGUUAUCAAGGCAAUGUUGGAGCUAGGAGCUUCGAAACCGUGGCCAGAUGCGAUGGAAGUUCUUACUGGAGUAAGACGUAUGAGUGCCGAUGCACUCAUUGAGUACUUCCAACCGCUGUACGAUUGGCUGGUCGUUGAGAAUGAGCGCAUUGGAGCACAUGUUGGAUGGGAAGAAUCGGACAAGUGUAUCUCGGAAUGA